AUGCUUUCAAGAAAGAAAAGUAAAAGCGAAGCGUCGAAACCAGCCGAGGUACACGGGAAAUAUGUCAAGAAGGAGACUUCACCAGUGCUGAGAAGUAAGUUGACUAGCUAAAUUCGCUACCUAGGUUAGUUAGUUAGCAAUGUCUCUCAGUUAAGUUUUUACAAGUCGUGCGUUUUUGGUCAUAUGAUGAUACCCAAGCAUAAGACGCUUGGUAAACUUUAUUAUAUCUAAUAGUUACUGUGGCUUCUGCAUGGCUAACUAGCAGUUAGCUUGCUAACGUUUGCCAAAGUUGAUAGUUAUGCGGCUAGCUAGUUAGCUAGCUCUGGUCCCGAGUGUUACAUGCGGCUUGAGUUGCCUUCAACGCCCAGCAACUCACCAUUCAUCCAUCCAUUGUGGAUUUCCAAACCUGAUUUUGUUGAGUGAAUGGCUUCAAUACACUUUCGUUACUAACCAAAGAGUAAAGAUGUUGCUAAAGCGCUAACGAGUCGAACUCUUCUGUAUGCGCAAAGUUUAGAGACAUGGACGGAUUCCAAGAUCUUUGUGUCAAUUAUCAGAUUCUGUGGAAUGGUAAAUUAUUAUAGAAUACCCAACUUUUUGAAGCUUGUACCCCCCCCCUUCCCUCCCUCGUUCUUGACACAUACACCUGUUGGUCGUAUUUCAGAUCUCAUGCCCUCAUUCAUCCGACAUGGACCCACAAUUCCCAGACGCACAGAGGUCCCUCUGCCUGAGCCGGGACCCUCAGCCUACCCCGUGGGACCCAGCCCUGAGCCUGUGGUGGCCCGCAACAAGAGCUUCCUGCGCACCCCUGUGCAGAGACCACCGCAAGAGGUGGCUCGAAGGGAAAGCCAUAGGAUGUCAGCCCCUCCGUACCUACCACGUAGCCUGGGGGACCUACCCCACGAGUACGGAGGCUCUUCACAGUCCUUCCUCACGGACGUGAGCCCCAUGGCUGAGAACGGGGACGCUGGCCGCUACUAUUACCCCCCUCCUCCGGAGCCUUACUACGACAGCCAGCAGCAGCAGCAGCAGAGACGGCCUCAGCAGCCCAGAGCCUCUGACCGCUUCCAUGACGACUAUAGAUACUAUGAACACAAUGAACAUCCAAACUUCCAAAGACUACCACCGCAACAACACGCUUCCCCGGCCCCUAACAGACCGCCAGAA